AUGAACGUAGUCGGAGGAGUUUAACUUAAUAACAUUAACAGUUUUCAGCACACUCUAAAUCAGACCAUCUCGCCCACUAAUUACCAGACUAUGCAAGCUAAUAUUGACAGAAGUUAAAUCAUCAAUCAGCCAAACUAGUUUAAUAUGUACGGGAGAAAUCAACCAUAAACAGGAAUCAAUUCCUAAUAUUCAUAUUAAUCGCAAACAGAUGAUUAAAUGUCUACUCGAGGACCAAUGGAACAAUUGGACAACUCCAAUACUAAGGCCAACAGAAAAUUCAUAUAGAAUGCAGCUUUGAAAUUUCGGAGAAAAUUGAUUAAUAACAAUGCCACUAAGAGAAACGGGUCAAAUCAGAGAAGUCCCUUGGUUGAGUAGUAAGUUAACUAGCAGAGCAACGCUGCGAAUAAUAACAAUUAACGAUAUUAAUACCAGACUGUCUCUCCUCGUCCUUAAGCAUAGUAAAUUAAUGUCAAUGCUAGCACUAUUAGCAACACUAGUAAGAAUGUAUCAGUAAUAAGUGAUAACGCUAGAAGAUUUAAUGAUUUACAUCUGCCUUCUACUUUUGAAAUCUCUCCUAAUAGACCCAAUAUCUAGCAGUUUUAGACAAAAACUCCGAUUUAAAUGAAGCCGAAAGCUAAUGGCAAGAAUCUGUAAUUGAACUUUGUUAAUGGGAAAUUGGAAUAAAUACUUGAUCAAUAAUUCAAGAUACAUAACUCAUCAACAAACCGACAAGCAAACCAAACCACUUUAAAUACCUAAGGUGUUGCUGGCCAGUAAAAUUCAUUCAUGAUAAAUCCAUCCUCUCAGGAUUCUAAGAUAUAAUUACUCCUAUCGAAUGGCUAGCCAUCAUCAAAGUCCUAGGCAAGAGAAAAGAUAUCUAGUAAGUUCAAUCGUCAUAGCAGAAUGCAAGGUCAAACUAAGAAGGGCUAACAAUCCAGGCAAAAUAAUGAUCUAAAGAGAUAAGCCUCAAAUAAUAGUACAUCACCAAUAUCUGCCAGAUCGCAACGGACCACUGAAGUCUAAAAUAAAAAUAAAUAAAACUAGUAAUAGUAGCAAUAGCAUCAGUAGAAUCAUCAACAAUCAUUUUAGUAGAAUAUGAUUAAUAACAUUUAGCAGUAAAUUCUUGGUGGAGAUAUGCAAAUAGUCUAGCUAAACUUAGGCUCAUAAGCUACUCCCAAGCAGUAAAAUAUCAUUAAUAUGACUUAGAUCGGUUGGAAUAAUCAGAAUAUGGAGAAAUCCAUUAUGAUAAACAAUAACAUUAACAUUAUAAAUAACAAUACUACUAGCAGCAAUGAUAAUUCUAUAUAUAACACAGCACGUAGAGGGCCAUAGUUAAAGGACAUUUAUAUAACUAAUUAGUAAAUUCUUAAUAGUACCAGAUUAAAUGACAGAAAUAAAAAACUCAUUCUAAACACAACCAACCCAUCAGAUAUAGGAAUACCUCUCUUAGGUAUUACUGGAUAUGGCACAUCAACGAAUGCUUAAAUUCAGAACUAAAUAAACUAGAUCUAGAAAAGAGCGAUGGAGAAUCACCCACCCAAGAUGUAGUAAUCUUCCUUCCCACCUGUCUUAACUAAUAAUAGUAUCCCCCAAGAUUUCAAGGAACUCCUCAUUCAGCAAAGUAUAAAUAAGGCCAAGGAUGGUCAUUCCAAAAGAAGUUCUAAUAAGACCACACAGGAAAAUCAGAUGAUAAUAAACUAGAAUGCUCAGCUAAUGAAAACCAUAGAUUUUUCAAAGAUAUAAAACAUAGUAGCCUAGAAAACAUAAGGAGAGCGAAACGGUAGAUCUGGAAGCUCUAUAAACACAAGCAAAGAUGGUGCCUUUUCUCAAAUUGGCUCUAGUUCUAAUUCUUUGCAAAGAAAAUUUAUCUAAGGAAAAGAAGAGAUUAAUCAAAAGCGUGGGUUACCUUUAUCAGGUGAUGAUGCAUAUAAAGUAUACUAUUAGAGUUUGAAUCCUUUUGAGCGUGAGGAGAUCAAGAGUUUUGAAACUAUCUUUUACUAUAAUCCAGCAAUAAAGAGGAAAGAGGCACCAAUAACAACAGAGGAUGGAGGAGAGCCAAAAAUAUUUAAUUUUGGCUAUGACACAGAGGAUGGCGACUAUUUAUAUGAGAUAGGAGAUCAUAUCAACUACAGAUAUGAGAUUAUGAAGAAAUUGGGAAGAGGUGCUUUUGGAGUGGUUCUAAAAUGCCUAGAUCAUUAAAGUAAAGAGAUCAUUGCCUUGAAAAUACUCAAGAAUCAGAAGAAGUUACAUAAAUAAGGUAAAAUAGAGAUAAAAAUCCUUGCACUUUUGAGAGAUAAUGAUGUGGAGGACAAACGAAAUAUUGUGUUCAUCAAGGAUAGUUUCACCUUUAGAAAUCAUGUUGUAAGUAUACCCAUUGAUUUGAUUACUCUGCUAUAGUGUAUAUGCUUCGAAAUGCUAAGUAUAAAUCUGUAUUAGUUCAUUAAAAACAAUGAGUUCUAGGGUUUCUCAGUGGCACUUACUAAGAGAUUUACUACACAGAUUUUGAUAGCUUUGGCAUACCUUUAUAAAUACAAUAUUGUGCAUUGCGAUUUAAAACCUGAAAAUGUCUUGCUUAAAAAACCUAAUAAAUCUAGUAUCAAGCUAAUUGACUUCGGAAGUAGUUGUUUUGAGUCUGAGCGAUACUACACUUAUAUAUAAUCUAGAUUCUAUAGAGCACCUGAGAUCAUGCUAGGUAUACCUUACACUCCAGCAAUAGAUAUGUGGUCUUUAGGCUGCAUUGUAUAUGAGUGUUUAGUAGGUAUUCCAUUGUUUGCAGGAGAGAACGAAAGAGAUCAGAUGGCAGCUAUCAUGGAGGUAAUUGGAUUGCCACCUAGAUCUCUCAUAGCUAAAGCCACACGUAGAAAAGUCUUCUUCGAUGAUGACUACAACCCUAUAAUAAAGGUAAAUUCGAGAGGCAAACUUAGAAAGCCAGGCUCAAGAGCACUGGAAACUAUUUUAAAAGUAAAUGAUCCAGACCUCAUUCAGUUUUUAAAGGUAAAUUUCGCUAAAUAACGUAAUAUAGGGUUGCUUUGA